CCUAGGUAAGCUUAGUGGUCUGACUUUCCCAUCAACAUGAAGGCUUUUCUGAUUCUGGGGCUUCUUCUCCUUUCUGUCAUAGUCCAGGGCAAGGUCUAUGAAAGGUGUGAGUUGGCCAGAACUCUAAAAAGACUUGGAAUGGAUGGCUACCGCGGAAUCAGCCUGGCAAACUGGGUGUGUCUGGCCCAAUGGGAGAGUAGUUACAACACCAGAGCUACAAACUACAACCCUGGAGACCAAAGUACUGACUAUGGGAUAUUCCAGAUCAAUAGCCACUACUGGUGUAAUGAUGGCAAAACCCCAAGAGCAGUUAAUGCCUGUGGUAUAUCCUGCAAUGCUCUGUUGCAAGAUGACAUCUCUCAAGCCGUGACUUGCGCAAAGAGGGUUGUCCGUGACCCACAAGGCAUUAGAGCAUGGGUGGCAUGGAGAAAUCAUUGUCAAAAUCGCAACCUCUCUCAGUACAUUCAGGGCUGUGGAGUGUAACUGCAAAAUUUUCCUUCUUCUUCAGCUCAUUUUGUUACUUUGCCACAUUAAGGGACACACUGCCACUAGUGUAGUGUGUCACACUACCAUUGAUUCCCCUUCAAACAAGUAGCAUUUUUACAGAAGCAGGAACAAAAUAUAGCCUUUCUCCUAAGAGCCAUGCCGUUCAUAAUUUGUGUUUUACUUAAUAGUAACCCCCCAUUUUCAGCUUACUAAUAAAGCUAAUGCUGGUGAAAAACUUACCUACAACCUUGAUUAUCAAAUAAUCUAUAGUACAUUCAGUUUUUUUUUAAAGAUAUAAUCAAGACUUAAUCUUAAAUGAUACCAGUAUUUCCCAAUAUUAGACAACAAUACAAAAAAGGCUAUCUAAAAACCACUGGAAUUUAGGCAACAUCCAAACUGUGUAGCACCCAAUGCCUUCCAUCUAUACAGUUAUCUCCAAAAAUAGGAAAAUUAACCACUCUCUUGGGCAAUAUAAAAUUCUUAAAGGAUUGGAAAGCCAAUGCCUAAAGUGAAGACUGACCGAAGGAAAAAUGUGUUUGCACAAAGUGUGUGACAUUUGGUUUAAGAAUUUUCCAUUUAUGCAGCUUUACAAACAGACUCACAAUUUAUAUAUCAAUCUGUUUUAAGCUUUGAAAGAACACUUACCUGCAUCUGACUGAUCAUAAGCCAUUAAGGAGGGAUUUAAAUGGGCUGUUGAUGUUCCCCAAUUUUAUUAACUUAGAUUCAUGCAUUUCACCUAAAUCUGAGACAGAUAAGCUUGCAUUACUAAUUAACCACAGGAGUGAAAUUAUGCAUACUGUAAAAAUACAAAUGUUAUCAUUAAAUGGUUGCAUUGCA